AUUGUUUUGUUUUUUCCGUCAUUAGAAUUAAGUUAGACAUUUAGUAUUAAUAUGACGACAUUGGGCAACAUCUGCCGCGUCUGCAGCAGCCCUGCAGAUUAUGAAAUCUUUGCCAAGAUUCCCACCUACCUGCACGGAUCCACGAACGAGUUUCUCAACUGGCAGAAGCCCAUUAGCGUUCUUCUGGAGGAGACAACGGGCCUGAAGAAUUCCACGGACGACGGCCUGCCCCGCAACAUUUGUGCUCCCUGCAUCUCGUAUCUCAAGCACGCCGUCACCUUUCGGGAGCAGUGCAUCAAGAAUGCCCUCAGUCUAAAGGUGGCGGAGCUAUACCAACAGAAGCCGGUGAAUAUCUCGGACGCGAACAAAGUGGACAAGGAGAACGCCCUUUUCACUCCAGCAGACCUGCGGUACGUGGAGCAGCGCCCGGUGCACGAUCUGCUGCUAAACAAUAGCCGAGCCAAAGUGCAGGCACCCAAAGACAAAGUGCACAAACAACUGCUAAACCAGACAGCUCCCCAUUUGGACAGCAGCUCUGAGCAGCGGAUCCAAUAUCUCAACGUGCUUUUCGACAAGCACCAGCGUCACAAUAGCUUCCAGAGACAUUCCAAUGACAAUGAGCUCCCUACGAGCAGCGGCAACGAUGGUACCAACGAGGACGACGAGGACUAUGGGGCGGUCAGUUCCAGCGACGACAACGAGGAGGCCGCUCUGCUGCGCAAGCACAAGAACUGCUAUAACUACAGCGAGACCAAUUUCGAGGAGGACGAUCCCAUGGAUCAGGACCAGGUGCAGUUGCGCGACAUCAAGGUGAAUAUACCGGAGCCCAUGUGGAAGGAGCGCAAGUGCCCGGCCUGUUUAAAGCGCUUCAUGUUCGAGGACUCGCAGCAGUCGCAUCUGGACAACUGCGUGGAAUACCAGUUCGUGGCAUUUGUGAACGAGGUGACCAAGCUGCUGGAUAUUAGGCGGCAGAAGAUGGUUUCGCCCCAUGAGUUCAUCCGACGGAUGAUAUUUUCCCUGCACAAAACCUGCACUUGGCUGCAAGAACAUUCCGUAGACUCGCUUCUGGCCGAGAAGCUUAACCAGGUGAAAAUUUCCAAUGGCGAAAAGACAGCUGAAGUUCCCGUGCCCGCUGAAAUUCCUGCCUCGCUUCUCGAGGUAGAGGACGAACCAUUUUCCACCUUUAACUUCAUCAGUGGUACAACGACGCCAAUUACGGAGGAGAACAAUGUCCUCUAUGCCAUAGCGCGCUCCGAAAGCCGCAACUCGACAUGUACGCCGGUUAAGAAGCCCAUUCCCAUACGCGGAACGGUGGCGGCCUCAUCACUGCCUUUUGGUAUCGGCAAGGGCCCAGGUGACAUGCACGAGGAACGGGCCACGUUUCUGGAAAAGCUGCAUCGAGCGGCCUUCACGCCCGGCUCGGACACUCCACCAUGCCAAUCGGGAUUAGCUCCAAUAUUCUCAGCUCGAUGCGGGCAGUGCAAUAUAGUAUUUGACUCGGUCUCCGAAUUGGAGAUUCACAACGGAACACAUCAUAAUGGCCACUGUGGCAAGGAAAUUAGUGCUGACGCCGAAGCACAGCGGCGACAAAUAAUUGCGCUUUUUGAAGACGACAUCUAAGUUAUCCAAAGAACUGUUUUUUGUGUAUGCUCGGUGCAAAUAAGCACUUUUAUUUUAUUUCAAUUGUAUUAUUUAUUUAUUUUAUGUAUUUAUGUUUACCACUUUGGAUUACCUCCUACAUAGUCCGAAGCCCAGGGCUUGACUCUUAUAUACAUGGAUGUAUAUAUUCAGACCAAUAAAGAGAUUCGAAAGACUUACUUAAA